AUGAAUAGUUUGUGUUUGCAAAGGUUACAAGAAGAAAGAAAGAAGUGGAGAAAGGAUCAUCCAUUUGGAUUUUGGGCAAAGCCUACAAAGAAGGAGGAUGGAUCGAUGAACUUACAAAAGUGGGAGGCGGGUAUACCGGGUAGAGAGGGUACUAUUUGGAAGGAUGCUGUGUAUCCGAUUACUAUUGAAUAUCCUGAUGACUAUCCUUCGAAACCUCCCAAGGUGAAAUUUCCAGCUGGUUUCUAUCACCCCAACAUCUAUCCUAGUGGUACAGUUUGUCUCAGUAUCUUGAACGAAGAUCAGGAUUGGAAACCAGCCAUUACAAUGAAACAAAUUCUUCUAGGUGUUCAGGACUUAUUAACAAGUCCUAAUCCUGAUUCUCCAGCUCAAGAACCAGCAUGGAGGGCAUAUGCUAAGAAUGUACAGGAAUACGAAAAAAAGGUUUUAGAACAAGCUAGAAGGUAUACAAAAUGA